CGGAGCUUCUAACGGGGAAAGCUUUAUUAAACUCACCGGUACCGGUACCAAGCUGGUAGUGUAGAACCGGAGUGUUGCUGACCGACACCGGGGACAGAUGCAACCGGGAGGAUACCGGCUGUCUGCUCCGGUUCAUAAUGCUAACCGGAGCUAGCUGGUAGCAUGCUAACCGAUAACUGUAGUCUGAGCUGCCGGUGAACAGCUAACAGAAGCUAACUGAAGCUAACUGAUGCUGAUGCUAACUGAAACUAAUGUUAACUGAAUCUAACAGAAGCUAAUUGAAGCUAACCGAAGCUAAGUGCUAACUGACAGCUGACUGACGCACCGGACACUUACCGGAGGUCAUGCUUCUCCACAAUGAACUCGGUCCGCAAACGCCUCAAACUUGCCAGAUCGCAAACUGUUGCCCCCGGCGACCCUGGGACCCGGAAUGUCCGAACGCCACGUUGCAGCCCCCACGCCGUCUCCCAUGAUGCUUUGCUGCUGCCCCCACCUGCAGCUCCUGCAGGAAGUGGAGGAGAGGACGAGGAAGAGGAGGAGGAGGGUUACCUGCUGGUGGCGGAAGAUACUACUGACUCCAGCCUCAUCAUCACCAUGGAGGACAGUCAGGUGGAGCUGAAGGCGGCGAGGAAGAGAGCGGUGAGGAAGAGGAAGAGGAAGCUGACUGAGGAAGAGAAGGAGCAGAGGGGCGGGGCCUCAGAGAGCGAGGAGGAGGCGGGGGUCGAUGUGGAGAUUGACAGGCAGCUGGACCACUCACUGGAGACCAAGUCCAAACAGCACAACCUGACCACCGUCAACGUGAAGAACAUCAUCCAUGAAGUCAUCACCAACGAACACGUGGUGGCCAUGAUGAAAGCUGCCAUCAACGAGACCGAAGCCGUCCCGCCGUUUGAGCCGAAAAUGACUCGAUCUAAGUUCAAAGAGGUCGUGGAGAAAGGAGUGGUGAUUCCAGCUUGGAACAUUUCUCCCAUCAAGAAAGCCAGCGACAUCAACAAGGCUCCUCAGUUUGUCGACAUCCAUCUGGCUGAGGAAGACUCCUCCGAUGAAGAGUACCGUCCCGAUGAGGAAGAGGAGGACGAGACAGCUGAAGAUACGUUCCAGGAGAGCGACAUGGAGGGCUCGGCGUCGUCUCCCCGAGGAAGUCGACUGAACAGAGUGGACGAGGACAGCUGCAGCCCCUGGCAGACUUCUCGCAGCAGAUCCAGGCGUUUGAGGGCAGGAUCUGCCUCAAUGGGCCCUCCUCCACCUCCCAAAGCCUUGCCUCCCCGAGCAGUACCUGACAGCACCUUCCUGGAGAAGCUUCAUGCUGUCGAGGAGGAGCUGGCUGUGUGUAUGGAUCCCUACCAGGGACUGGAAGUGAAGCAGAACUGGAAUCAGAACCAGGCCGCGUCGCAGGGCGAGGCCGGUCAGAUGGCGUACCGAACACGGUCGAAGCGUACUCUACGCGACGUCCCGUUGGGCCAACUGGAGGCGGAGCUCCAAGCUCCUGACAUCACACCUGACAUGUAUGACUCCAGCUCCGCCCUCGAGGACAGGGAGUGGACUGAUUGGCUUAGAGGCCUGAUGACCACCGAGAUGGAAAACGAAGAGGAGUGCGAUGAUGAAGAUGAUCCAGAGUACAACUUCCUGGCUGAAAUCGAUGAACCGGACAAGGAGGAUUACCGUGACGACAAGGCUGUCCGCAUCACCAAGAAGGAGGUGAACGAACUGAUGGAGGAGCUCUUUGAGACGUUAAAAGAGGAUCUCGCAGGACAGGAAGUGGAUGAUGAAGGCCACGAAGAAGAGGAGGAGACGCAGGAGGAAACAAGCACUAUGCAGACAAACACCUCUCAGGAUCAACACACCAUACGAUUGGAUGACGAUGACGACGAGGCGGAGGACGGACCAAUCACAGAGCUGCGUACAGUGAAGCAGCAGCUGGCUUUGAUCAGGAACAGACAGCAGACACACACACUCAGUAACACACACACACGCUGUCCUGAGCCGUACACACUGACACUGGACAAACUGCAGAAGAAGAGACUGCAGCAGCAGCUCCAGCAGCACGUCCAGCUGAUGGUUCAGAUUCACCUGUUGAGUUCACCUGUAGUCAAACUGCACAGUGAAGCUGAGACCACCCGACAGUUCCUGUUUGAGUUGGACCUGUUGGCUCAGAGAGGCGAGCUGCUGAUGUCACCGGUUGUUCCAGGUUUCUGCAGCUCCUUCAGAGCCUCCAACCUGCAGGGGGCGCUGCAGCUGCUGGAGGAGCUGCGACAGGCUCCCAUCACCUACCUGCCUCACAAACCCACACCUGACUCCCGCGGACACAUGCGGUGUUUCCCUGUCAUGCCGUCUGAACUCGCCUGGUUGUUUGCUACUCGUCCAGUCUUCCUCUACCCGGAGCUGCUUCCCUCUGUGAGCCUCGACCCGGCUCUCUACUGCCCCCGCAGGACGGCCGCGUUCACUGCAGCUGAAGACUGCCUGCUGGUUCUGGGUCUCAGGAACAUGGAGGGGUCAUGUGAUCCAACCAAGAUGGUGUCUCAGUUCUUACUGAGGAAGACUCUGGUUCAGGUCCGACGGAGAAUCCUGCAGUGCUGCAGACCCGGUUCCCCCGACAACAUCGUCAAGGCGUUCAGGUAUCAGCGUGUGUUGCGGUCGAUGCCGGUGGCGUGCGGUGGUGUGGAUGCAGCAGAGCGGCGCCCUCCAGUGGAGAGAGAGGAGAAGGUCAUGCCUAUGUGGCUCGUGCGGAGUCUUCCUGUUAUCUCUCCGACCAUCAAACACUUCAACGGCCCGUCUGGCUCCGCCCCCCCGCCCCCCUCCAGGUGUGGUCGAGCCCGUCAGAGUCACCUGACCUUCCUCCGCUCCUCUUCUUCCUCCUCCUCCUGCAGCUUCUCCCCCGGGACGCGUUAUCCCCCCCGCCUCCCCGCCAACCUCGACUUCCGCCGCAUCGGCUUCGUCCUGCUGCAGCCGCCCCUCCCCUCCUCCUCCUGCCCCCCGCCUUCUCUCAACCCCCCCCACCUUCAUCACCUCCUCCUGAAGACUGAGGCUGACAUCACCAACUCCGCGGUCUCCAAGGAAACCAGAGAGCGAAUCAGACGCCACUAUCAGACCCUCGCCGGCCUGAGGAGGAGACGACCCGCUCCUCCUCCUCCUCCUCCUCCUCCCACCCUGAACAGAGGAGCGAGGAGUGAUGAAGAUGAAGCACUGACUCCUCCUCCUCCUCCUCCUGAAGGCCCCGCCCCCUCUGAGGCGGGCGAUGAUGUCAUCAGUGCGGAGGGAGGAGGAGAGGGAGACAACGCCGUUGAAGAAGAGGAGGAGGAAGAGGGCGACGUCCUGCUGGCUCUGUCCGAAUCCUCAUCCGACGACGACGACCUCCCCGACCCCGAGGAGGCGGAGCCAGACGGCGAACAGGAAGUGACUCUGGCGCCAAAGAGAAGAGAAGAAGAAGAUGAUGAUGGAGGGAUGUCCUCAGAUGAGUCCGUCCUGCUGCAGGAGAAGCUGUCCACAGAGGGAACUGAUGAUGAAGAUGAUCAGAAGGAGGACGCAGCGUUUGCUCAGGAUUAUCUGCUCAGAGUGUGUGAUGCAGUGCAGGUGUGUCCGGGUCGAGCUGAGCAGCUGCUGCAGCUGUUGGAGGAGUUUUCGGCGGCGGGGCCCCUGGAGGCCCCUGAGGGUCUGUACAGCAGGCUGGGCAGCGUCCUGCGGCCCUGGCCUCAGCUGCUCCGAGACUUCGCCGCCUUCCUGAACAGAGAACAGGCUGAGAGCUGCGGCCUGCUGUUGGAGCAGCAGAUAUUUGAACACAGUCGGCGGUUUCUACGCCGACUGGGGCGGAGCCUGGGAGAAAGCUCCGCCCUCUACCAGCAGGUGGUGUCGGUGCUGCAGGGAAGCUCCGCCCCCCCACCUGAGCACAUGGAGCAGAUCUCGUCGCUCCUCCAUCAUCACACCGACCUGCAGAAGGAAUUCCUGGAGUUUCUCAAGCUGCUUCACGCCCAGUCGUCUCCAACAGCAACCAGCUCGUCUCCCACGGUGACCAGCUCGUCUCCCACAGCGACCAGCUCGUCUCCGACGGCGACCAGCUCGUCUCCCACGGCGACCAUCUCGUCUCCCACGGCGACCAUCUCGUCUCCCAUCGGCACUAUGUCGUCUCCCAUGGCAACCAGUUCUCCCAUGGCAACCAGCUCUCCCAUGGCAACCGCCUCGGAGACCACAGAGACGGACCGUGUUUCCCAGAAUCCUCCUGACCGAACCAGGAAGACGUCUGAGGAGAGCGAGACAGGAAGUGACGAACAGGAAGAGGAGACAGGAAGUGACGAACAGGAAGAGGAGGAGGAGCGAGCAGUUUGUGCCAAAAACGUAUCGAUGAGUUCCAGCGGAGAGAAAGUCGUCAUCUGGACCCGAGAGGCGGAUCGAGCCAUCCUGACCGCCUGUCAGCAGCGAGGAGCCAACAGGAAGACGUUCAGACACGUCUCCGCUCAGCUGGGCAACAAGACCGCCCAACAGGUGAGCCUUCGCUUUCACGACCUGAUGAAUCUGUUUCACUCCGCCUCCCAAAAAAAAUCCACUUCCUGUCCGUCUCCGCCUCCGCCUCCGUCUGAACGCCAGCAGCCAAUCAGCAGCAGGCGUGUAGCGGCGCCGGACUGAACUGAACUGCGACAGCCAAUCACAGACGAGACUUCUUAUUUAUGCCGAUGAUGAUGUGAUGAAGAUUGAAGCUGCGUGACAUUUCAGUUACAGACGACGGGGUGAAAGGUCGUCACUGUGGAGGUCGCAGAACGUUCCUCGGUUCUCUAACUGCUGUUAGAACGUGUUCAAGACGUUCUGAUGAAGGGUUUAAAGGUUUAAUCACUAAAAAAAGUUUGUGGUGGACACAUCUGGAGCAGGAGAGCAACAUCUGUAAAGGUUUGAACACUGCAGCUCCCAAUGCAGGUACAUUUUCUUCCCAAUGCAGGUAGAUUUACUUCCCAAUGCAGGUAGAUUUGGGAGCUGCAGUGUGUGAACUUUUUUCUUCUCAUUGGCUGAUCAAUAAAUCAGCUGAUUCUGCUUCUAAAACAUGAAGAUAUUGAUCAGAUUUCACACUGAACUGAUCGUUCUAAAGGUCAGCUGGAGAUGAUUGAUUGGCGACUUUAACAUUGAAGGUUUUUAAAGCUUCGAACACGACGAAGCAGCAGAGUUAAAACUUCAGAGGUGUGUUAGGUGAAGGUUGUGCAGAUGUUCUGUGAAGGUUUUUAUACAUGUUUGUUUAUUCAUAUUGAAUAUUGAACGCAUGAAAGUCGAUUUGUUUGCUUCAAUAAAACAUUUUUAC